UGGAGGACUGGUGGAUGGGAGGUUGCUCGCGCGGGAGAAUCGGAUCCUUUCCCGCUCCGCCCCCUCGACCCGGAUUUUAACCCAGCGGCAGAUUUAAAGAUAAAUCUGUUGAACGAGUUAAUAAAUUUUAUCUUUGAGGUGAACCAGGGUCAGAAGAUGCGGGUAAAUGUGGAGAAUAUCGUUUCCGAAAUGGAAACUUUCGACCUGGUUGCUGAGGAUGACAGUGUCCUGGAGAAACUGUUGGAGCACUGUAUCACAUAUCGCUUGAAGGAAGAAGGCAUUGUGCACGAAUGGUUUGCAUUCAGCGCGACUCGAGGUGGCAUUGCUCUUAAUGCAGACAAUGUGGAGAUUUUUGAACAUGAGAUCCUUAGUAAAAAAGCCAAGUCUCGCCCAGCAACAGUCAGACAGAACAACCGGACACCUAUGCAGGACCUGAACACUCUUGAACAGCUUGUCCGAGCAGAGACGGAGGAAGAGAACCUGCUGGAUUCCUAUACCACAGUACCUAAGGCAGGUUCACAGAAGCGUGUGCUGACCACUCCAGAGCAACCGCAGUCGAAGAAGGUGUUGAUUGCCCGCAGCCCACGUCUGCUCUUCUCCCCAGCUUCUUUUUCUCCAAGUGCUAACCCAUCUCAGAAGUACAGUUCCAGAGCCAACCGCGGUGAAGUUGUCGCCUCCUUCGGCACGGCACAAGGAGCCACCUGGCAUGGCAUGGGCGGCAGGAGUGCCAGUGUUCAGCUGCUGGCCGUGCCUGAGGACUCGAUCACCAAAAGGUUUAAGUACAUGUUCCAGAAGCUGCGUGACGUCCGAGAUGUUCUAAACGACAGGAUUGAGGAGCUGAGUCAGGUUUUGACAGAUCAUUACGAUAUCGAGGACUUCAGAUCAGUGGCUAUGCCAGCUCAGGAGCCGGUAACGUUUCUAGGGCAGAUUGCAUGUGACAGCAAUGGAAAACUCAAUGCAAAGUCAGUGAUAUUGCAGGGAGACCUGAAACAUUCUGCAGGAAUGCAAGUGCCGGUGGACCUGUCAGAUCUGAAGGAUUACUCGCUGUUCCCCGGGCAGGUAGUGGCUCUAGAUGGAACAAACAGCACCGGCCGACGCGUGGUGGCUUCCCGGCUGUAUGAGGGAGUGCCACUGCCUUUCUACCAACCUGAGAAACAAUCUGAGCAGGAAGAGGCUUUUGAAGGUCUGGAGCAGCAGAUGGUUCUUGUGGCCUGUGGACCCUACACCACCUCGGACAGCAUCACCUAUGAUCCCAUGAUGGAUCUGAUAGAUGUUAUCAACAGGGAUCAACCAGACAUCUGCAUACUGUUGGGACCAUUUGUGGACAGCAAACAUGAGCAGAUUGAGAAUUGCCAGCUGACAGUGACCUUCCAAGAGGUUUUUAAGCAAUGUAUGAAGGGAAUCAUCGAAGGGACAAGGGGCUCAGGGUCUCACCUUGUGUUCGUGCCGUCACUGAGGGAUGUUCAUCACGACUUUGUGUAUCCUCAGCCACCAUUCCACUGUUUUGAGCCGCUCAAAGAAGACAAGGAGCGUGUCCAUUUUGUCUCUGAUCCCUGCACACUGAAUAUCAAUGGCGUGGUCUUUGGAGUAACAUCGACUGAUGUUCUCUUUCAUAUGGGCACGGAGGAGAUUAACAGCCCCCCGGGUGGGUCAGACCGAUUUACAAGAAUCCUCAAGCACAUUCUGACCCAGCGAAGUUACUAUCCUCUCUACCCACCUGCAGAGGAGAUGAACAUAGAUUAUGAGUGCUUCCAGCUGUAUGCACAGAUCCCCGUAACUCCUGAUGUUUUAAUUGUACCCUCUGAGCUGCGCUAUUUCAUUAAGGAUGUCCUGGGGUGCAUCUGCAUCAAUCCUGGGAGGUUAACCAAAGGUCAGGUUGGUGGGACCUACGGACGCCUGCUUCUACAGAAAUGGAAUAGCAAGGAGGCACAUCGACAGACUCCCUGCAUGGCUACACAAGUGGUGAAAAUCUGAUCCUCCCAAGGCACGUGGACUCUCGCAUCCUAUGGUCCUGAAUGUGGACGACCCAGGGUGCGUACGGACAGUCAGGCAUGCCUUACUGAGAGGCAGCUUACUCGGUUGGGGAUUGCUAUUGAGAUUCCUCUCUGUGCCCUUCUGGCAACACACAGCAAAUUCGUUUGAGAUCAAACAGGUACUUCAGGUGCCUGACGCAAAGUACUUGUUCAAACAAGACUACAUCAGCCCUACACAGUUUUUUUUCUCUCUCUCUCUCUCUCUUUUUGUUCCUCCUGUUCGUAAUGUAGAGCACCAGGGUUUAAUUAUGUAAAUAAAAUGAUUUGAUUGUU